AUGGCAGGAUUAACAUUUUCACACGCACCAAAUUGUAAUUCCUAUUAUGAAGAAGAUCAAGUAAGAAAUGUUAUUUUACACUUAAAAGGCGUUGAAAGGAUCUGUCGACCGAUAUUCAAUACUAAAAAACAUAUUAUUAUUGAUAAACAUUACGAAAUUUGGCCAAAAGAAGCUACAUUUUCAACUGUUCAACAUCUUAAUAUUAUACCCUUUAAAGAAAGGUUGCUAUCACAUAACCUUCCCGAAACUAUUAAUAUAAACAAUGAAUCGGAUACAGCAAAUGGGUCGGUAGAAUAUAAAUUAACUGCUACGGUAAAUUUAAAUGAAAGAUGGCAAUUGUUUAGACCAGUUGUCGAAAUCGAAUUUCCAUUUAAAAAAACUAUAGCCAUGAGUUAUAAGGAUAGUUCCUCUUUUUAUCCUCAUAAAUUACAAGGUAAAUUCCAAAAUCUCUUGGAAUACACAUUUGAAUUACCACACAACAAAAAAUUUAAUUUAGGGACCUACGUUUAUAUACCCAUGAAAAUUAAAUACUUAAAAACUAAUAUAAGUGUUGAACGUAUUGAAAGUUAUUUGAUGACUUAUGUGGAUUUUCGAUUUAAUCCGAAUAGAAAUUAUCGUAUUGAAAAAAAGACAAGUUUUCCUGACGUUCCAAGACAUGAAAUUGAAUAUGAAAUAGGAGAAUGCAAUCAUACGAUACAUUUUUUUAUUUCACGUGAUUCACGUCCCACUUACUCUAGUCAAUUAAUAACUAUUACUAAUGAACUUCAUAUUAAGAUUUGUCUUUGUGGGACAGAUGAAGAUCUUGAUAUAAAUACGAACGUUAUAGUAGCGAAAUUUAUUAUUAACCCGCCUACUACUAUUCCAAUUUCUGAGGAUAAUUCUUAUGAGGAAAGUGGAAGCGAAGAAGAUAGCGAAGAUGAUGAUGAAAGUAUUUUGGAAAAAGAUUUGAACAAUAUUUCGGAAGAAGAAUCAUUAAAAGAUACACAAAAAAUAAUUCAACAAUGGAAGUUGAAUUAUGGUUUAUCCUUUGACGAAAAUAAUAAUAUACACUUUAGCAAAAAAGUUGUUAUUUCCGAUGAUAAUGAAUUGGAUAUAGAUAUAUAUGAUGGAAAACCUAUGGUAUAUACGUGUAUUAAUUCUAAGGAAGAUUAUGACGAUAUUAACACAAAACCGUUAGAUAUUUGUAUCAAUUUUCCUGUCGUUGAAAUUACUUACAAUGCCGAACCGGUGGAGUCUUUUUUUAGUGAUAAUAAAGAAAAAUUACAUGAUAUAUAUGGCCAUUUUCUCGCCAAAAAAUUUCUAGCCGGUGAACAAUUAUUCAUUAAAGGGUUUAAUUUAGUUACUCCUGAAGAGAUUAAACUUUUAAAAUUUCAUUUAAUCAUGGCAUAUAAUUCGGCUCUUUAUAAUAUUGGGAAUCCAUUCAAUAAUUUAUCAACUUUACAAUUCGCACCACGCAUUGAGACAAAAAAAGGAGAAAGGAUAAAAUCCCCUAAAGAAUUAACCAAUUGGAUGAAUAAGUUGUAUCAAGAGAAUAUUCUUAAGAUAAUUCAUUACGAUGAUCUUAUUUCUAUUUCUCAAUUAAGGGUCGGUAAAUUACCAUCUGAUGACUUCGAAACUUUUAAAGUGAGUCAACCUGGUAUUUCUAAUUUUAAAGAGAAGUUAAAUUUAGAAGAGUGGAUUGCAAACGAAGAAACUGAAGAAGAUUCAUGUGUUAUUUUAACAAAAUUUGUUAAAAAUUUUCACUUACUUCAAGGUCUAAUAAUAAAUAGAUAUAACGAAAUGAAAGUAAGCGAAAAAUUUGUCGUUAAUUUUAUUAGAUUACCGGAAUUAAAUCCAAGCAAUGAUUUUUAUUUAGAAGUAAAUAAGUCAACAAUGAUAAAUAAAAUCAAUCCAUUUGUCAGAAGUAACGAUUUAGAUGAUAGGCUUAAUGGUAUACCUUUAACGAUUAAAUACGAACGAUAUGAAGUUUUAUUAAAUAUAGAUAUUAUUGAACCUUCGGAAGAAUUUAAAAAUGAAAUACAACAAGCAAUUAAUAGUAUGAAACCAUUUGACGCUUUACAAGACAUAUUUGGUGAAUAUGGACAUUUAUUUCCACAAAGAAUUGUUUUAGGAAAUAAGAUUAUUUUAUCAACUACUUCCUCUGGUAAUUAUGAGAAGGUUGAUAUAAAAUCGCCAAUCGAAUCAUCCUUAAAACCUUACUUGGAUAUGGAUUCAUAUUUUGUAACACAACAAGGUGAUGUUAUCGAAGUUUUCAAAGAAAAUAACUUGACAAAUUGGAUUCAAGAUAAUAAGAAUAAUUUGGAAAUUAUUGAAUUGGAUAAUAUCAUUCCUUUAUAUGAUAUAGUUGAAACGGAACAACAAAGUAAAAUUCAUACUAUCAUAAGAGGUUAUGAUACCAAGCAAGAUGAGUUUAGGAUCAUAAUGACAGGCAUUAUUGAUUUGAAAGAUUUAGAUGAUAAAAAUACUGAGCAUUAUAAACGCAUAAAUAUAGAACCUUCAUUGAAAGAUGACAAUUAUGAAGUAUUUGGAAACAUUAUUUCGGGAAAUGACUCAUUAGUCAAUGAACAUUUUGUUAAAUUUGAGUUAUUUGACUUAAAUGGUUUUUAUGCGAAAAUAAAAUCUUCAAUAGAUUCAAAUAUUAGUAUUAAAGAGUGCCAUAUUAUAUGGAUGAUGAUUGGUAGACCUUCAAAAUUAUCAGUUUUCAGCCCAAAAAAUCGUGAAUUCCUAGUACAGUAUUUUAAGGAAUCUAUUACAUUACAACCUGCAGUUGAAUCUUAUCAUAUUAAAACGCCCUUUCCGUUAUCUCAAGGAUGUUGUAUUUCCGUUAACGCAAAUUACCCGCCAUCAAAUGAUGAACCAAUGAAUGGCAUUAAGUUAAUCGAAUGGUCAUACAAUUCAAUUAGACUUCAUAGACUUCAAUUAAGCAAUUUUAAUGAUCCUGAUGAUAUAGAUUUACAUAUUUGCGUUCUAUAUUCAAAUAACAAAGUUUUAAAAAUUGAUAACGAUAAUAGAGAGGAGAAACAUUCGCCUCUCUCUACAAAAAAAGGAAUAAUUUUUUCCAAUAUUCCUUUGGAAUUAAUUGGACGUAUUUUAACCAAUGACAGGUUGAAUGAAAACUUAUUUCCUGAAAUCAAUAAAAUCAAUAAUGAAAUUAAAUAUAUUACAAAACAACCUUCUAUUAAACUGACUAUCGCAAUAGAUUUUGGAACCACAUCUUCUGGACUUGCCUACGCAUAUGAACCAGUGAAUAAUAUAAUUAUAAACGAAGAUUGGCCGGAUCAAUUUAAUGAAAGAUACGAAUUAAAAUCAUCAAAUUUUGUUGAUGAACAAGCUAUUGGUUAUUUUAAAAAAAUAGGAGAGUUUAUCAAAAAUACCGUAUUGAAACCUGAAAUAGAUUUCUUCAAAAAUGUCAUGAUCACAUUAUCCAUACCUUCGAAGCUUUCCCAUCAAAAAAAGGCCAUGAUAAGAAAAUGUAUGCGUAAAGCUGAAUUAAUUGAUAGCGAAGAUUCAGAAAAAUUACUAUUAAUUACAGGAAUUGAAGCGGCUGCUAUAGAUUGUAUGAAUACAAUAAAAGAAAAAUCUAAAUCAGACUUUUUGGUUGUUAAUUGUGGAGACGGAUUAGUGGAAUUAACUCUUAGAAAAAUAGUAAAUAAUAAAUUAGUAGAAAAAUCAUUAAGUUCCAGUAAACUUUGCGGGUCGAAUUGCAUAGAUAAAGAAUUUCUUGCAUUUAUUUCAAAAAAAGUUGGCUCUACCGCUUUAAAAAAUCUUGGAAAAAAUCAUAAUGACCAAUUACAAUGCUUGAUUAAGAAAUUUCGUAAAAGGGUCAAAAAUAAGGACCAUUAUAACGUUUAUGAUAUGAAUCUCGAGAAGAUUUGUCCUGAUAUUAAGCAAUAUGUUACCGACUCUUAUUUGAAAGAAUUAAAAGAAAAUGGAUGGAAAAUAAAAAUUAGUUACGAUGAUAUAAAACCAAUGUUCAAUCCAAUAGUAGAACAAAUAGUUCAAUUAAUACAUGAACAAUUGAAGUUAAGUAACUAUUGUCUUACAAUAUUUUUGGCAGGAAGUCUUGGUAAAUCAAGAUAUUUACGAACAUCUAUUGAACAAGAAUUUCAACAACAUAUUAUUAUUGUACCUAGACAACCUCUAGCUACUGUAGUAAGUGGAGCACUUGAAUAUGGAUUAAAUAUGGACUCAAUACAUUCACGAGUAAUAGAUAUGACUUAUGGAGUUGGAAUAUUACACCCUUGGAAAGAAGAUAACUCAAAUGAAAGGCAAUUUUUUAAUAGAUUGGUAUCAAAAGGUACAGAAGUCCAUGUAAAUCAAGAAUUUGUGUUCAAAUUAGAUUAUAAAGAUCAAACAAAGUUUUAUAUCGAAUUAUACUCAACUUCUGCGCAAGAUGCUAUAUUUUGUGAUGAGCCCGGCGUAAGUAAAGUUGGUACAAUUGGUAUAGAAAUUCCAGAAUCAUGGGAUAAUUUUCAAUCUGUAAAUUUAGUUUUAUUUUUAGGACAAAUAGAAAUUCAUCCCUUUAUUAAGAAUGAAAAAGAAGAAUUUUCAAGGGUUAAUUUCAAAGUAACUUUAGUUUAA